AUGGACGUCGCUCGUGUCCCGUCGUGGCGGGAGCCCCUCUCUCCACAGCGGCUUCGUGAGUGGUACUCUCGGCGCUAUCGAGGUGCUGCUGGUGCUGGAGCUGCUGGAGGUGCUGGAGGUGCGACUGGAGCUACUGGAGGUGCUGGCGCUGCUGGAGGUGGUGCUGGUGCUGGAGCUGCUGGAGGUGCUGCUGGUGCUGGAGCUGCUGGAGGUGCUGUUGGUGCUGUAGGUGCUGGAGGUGCUCCUGGAGCUACUGGAGGUGCUGGCGCUCCUGGAGGUGGUGCUGGUGCUGGAGCUACUGGAGGUGCUGCUGGUGCUGGAGCUGCUGGAGGUGCUGGUGCUGCUGGAGGUGGUGCUGCUGCUGGAGCUGCUGGAGGUGCUGCUGGUGCUGGUGCUGGAGCUGCUGGAGGUGCUGCUGGGAUUGGAGACCCUGGGGCUGAGGGUACCGGUUCUGUCUCUGCUGUUUCUCGAGGCGCUGCGCGGCCGCGGCCGUACUACGUUCCCCUCCUUCAGCAGGUUCUUGGCUCCCCGCCUUCUCCUGGUCCUCCUCCUCCUUUCCUGAGUCCACCGCCUGUCCAGUCUCAGUCGCAGUUGCAGCCGGCCCCUCCCCUGCCUGGUCCUUCUCCUUACUCUGGUCCGACUAGAGGUCUUACGGAGCGUCGUGAGCCUGAGUCGCGUCCUGUGUCGCCUGCGUCUCGUUCUGCGUUGCCUGUCCGCACUGUUCGCGCUGGUCGUGUUUCGCGUCCACGUCUUCCUCCUGUCCCCGGCAGUCACUCUAUGACACUGCGUCCUUCUACUGCUUCACAGCGUGUCCCUCUGCCCUCUCGUCCUGCGUCCUCUCUUCCUGACGGUCCGGACCCGGAGUCUGACUCCCUUCGUGCUGCUAGUCCUACUGUCACGCGCUUUCUGGCCACUGCUGUCACUGACCCUCUACAUCGCUCUUACGCAGAGGCGAUAGAGGGUCCCUACUCUUCUCAGUGGCAGGCAGCCAUGGACGCAGAGAUGGCUUCCUGGAAGUCCACAGGCACCUACGUAGACGAGGUUCCCCCACCUGGGGCGAACAUUGUCAGUGGCAUGUGGAUCUUCAGGGUGAAGCGGCCGCCGGGUUCUCCGCCUGCCUUCAAGGCGCGUUACGUUGCACGUGGCUUCAGUCAGCGACAGGGAGUUGACUUCUUUCAGACCUUCUCCCCUACCCCGAAGAUGACCACUCUUCGGGUACUGCUGCACGUUGCUGCUCAGCGUGACUACGAGCUCCACUCGCUUGACUUCAGCACAGCCUUCCUACAGGGCAGCCUGCACGAGGAGAUCUGGCUGCGCCGCCCACCUGGCUUCACUGGGUCGUUUCCUGCUGGUACCCAGUGGAGCCUCCGGCGGCCAGUCUACGGUCUCCGCCAGGCGCCCCGUGAGUGGCACGACACGCUCAGGACGACUCUUGCUGCUCUUGGUUUUGCUCCUUCCACUGCUGACCCUUCUCUGUUUCUACGCACUGACGCUACUCUGCCGCCGUUCUACGUUCUUGUGUACGUAGACGACCUUGUCUUUGCUACUGCUGACACGGAGGCACUCGCCCACGUGAAGUCCGAGCUGCAGAAGAGACACACGUGCACAGACCUGGGUGAGCUGACAAGCUAUCUUGGCUUGCGGAUCACCCGGGACAGAGCACAGCGCACCAUUACCUUGACUCAGUCACACAUGGUGCAGCAGGUCCUUCAGAGCUUCGGCUUCACCUACUCCUCGCCACAGUCCACUCCUCUGCCUACCGGUCACUCGCUCUCAGCUCCACCUUCGGACGAGUCCGUAGAGCCGAGUGGCCCGUAUCCAGAGCUUGUGGGCUGCCUCAUGUACCUGAUGACUUGCACACGACCUGACCUCGCAUACCCUCUCAGCCUUCUGGCUCGCUACGUGGCUCCCGGCAGGCACCGAAAGGUGCACUGGGAUGCUGCGAAGAGGGUGUUGCGAUACUUGUGCAGUACAUCGGGCAUGGGGCUCGUGCUUGGAGGACGGGCUCGAGUUGUCCUCACUGGUCACGCUGACGCCUCCUGGGUUGACGACUUGGCUACGCAUCGGUCGUCACAGGGUUACAUCUUCAGCCUUGGCUCCGCGCGCCCUGCUGCCCUGCAGCCCUGUGCGCCCUGCAGCCCUGCGCGCCCUGCUGCCCUGCAGCCCUGUGCGCCCUACUGCCCUGUGCGCCCCGCGCGCCCUGCAGCCCUGCGCGCCACGCGCGCCCUGCUGCCCUGCUGCCCUGUGCGCCCCGCGCGCCCUGCAGCCCUGCUGCGCCCCGCGCGCCCUGCUGCCCUGCUGCCCUGUGUGCCCCGCGCGCCCUGCAGCCCUGUGCGCCCCGCGCGCCCUGCUGCCCUGCUGCCCUGUGUGCCCUGCUGGCCUCCAGCCCUGUGCGCCCUGCUGCCCUCUGCACUCGCCAUGCACAGCCCCCCCCCCCCCCCCCCCCCCCCCCCCCCCUCCUUCUCCUCCCUCUCCCUGCUGCACGUGCAGCAGUUUGGGUGGGUAAGGGGGGGAGGGGAGGGGAGGUUGUGA